AUGUACCAGAGCAUUUCGAUAUGUUUGGCUACAAUGCCGUCAACUAGCACUUUUAUUCAGUUUAGGUACCCCUAUACAUGUAUUCGUCUUUCCUAUUCUUAACCGCGCAAUUUUCAGCGAAACGGAUUUCCCGGAAUUGAGUGGCAAACUGACGGGCAGGAAGGAGAAGGGCAGACGUAGCGCGGUGGCCGAUCGCCAUAUGCGCCGAGCCGCGAAGGCUGGCGCCUACCUCGUCAAGACCAUCGACGACCCGAACAACGUGCUCGGCAAGAAGCGCAAGGAGCGUGUCGCUUCUGAGAGCCACGACGGCAUCGCCUCGAACGUGCUCUACUCGAUGAACAAGAACAAGCGUUGGGAGACGAUGGAAGAGUCGUCGUGGACCGCCGCCGAUGGUGGAAUGCCGGUGCAACUUGUCGAACGGGUCCUGACUACCAAAGGUGAGUGAGAGGAAUGGGGGUUAUACAGGGACUGAUGUUAGAUCACAAUGUGUCACCUGAUGCUUUUCGCUUUCUCUUUCUCUCUCUCUUUCUCUUUCUCUUCCUAUUUUCCUCAUGUUCCAUAAUGCUUUGUUCGGGGCACUUUUAUGAUUGCGUCAAUCGACGAGAAAAGAGAGAGAGAGAGAGAGAGAGAGAGAGAGAGAGAGAGAGAAGCACACAGGAAGAAAUACACGAAUAUUGAUGGUUGGAAAACACAUGACAGCCUUCUCCCUCCCGAUAAGCGAAUCACAUUUGCGGCUCUUUUGUGUCGGCUGGUGUCAGGCCGAGCAUGAUUAAAUGAUAGAGUCAUGCGGCGGGUCUCGCACCGAACAACGUUUUACCAAUAACGCGCUCUUUUCGCAAAUUAGAGGUUUAAUGAAUGCACUAUAGUCAAUCUUGAUAAACUUUGUUCGCGGCGAGAUCCGAUGCGACGUCACACCAAACUACAAACAGAUGUUGUUAGAUUCUUCGACAAACAUAUGUAGAUAUAUUAUACACACAGAACAAGUGGUCGCCGAAACUCUAGUCAUGUGACUCGCACGUGCACGAAAUAUCAGAUAAUUCAACAUUUAUGUUUCAGACACGUCCGACAAUGUGGUGUGCGUGAAGGAGAUGGACAAGAACGGAGUGGUUGUGCGCCAUGAGACCGCCGGCGGGAACGGAGCCAAUCUUCAUUCUCUGCUCAACUCGAAGAAGUCGCGCGGGAAGAAGUCACGUAAAGAGUCGGAGACUUUGGAAACAACGGAAGUUUCUGUGGCGGGAUCGCUCGAUGAGAAUGGAGAGCCCAAGGUGCAGUACACGAUCUACAAGCCGCACAAGAAUCAUAAAGUGCUCGCUGGAAAGCUUUUCAAUCGUAACUACAACAUUCGGAAAGCAGGAAAAACACGUCAAAAUCUGAAGCGUGUGGAUCUGGCCGACAUGGAGAGAUCGACGGAUUCGAUGCACCAGAGUGUUCACAUCGAUGAGGCGGCCUACAAACCGAGCCGUGACUUCCGCUUCUGCCUCGGCGACUACAUCACUCCGGAGUCGUGCACCAGCAAACCGGUCUACGUUCGUCGGCCAAGCAUCGAGAGUGUGCAGCCAUCGGAAAUCACAUUUGACGAGUCUGAAAGCGACGAGGAAAGCCGGCAGCCGCUGAAUGUGAUCGACAUUUCCCAAGUGAUUCGGGCUCCGAGAACGUUUGAAUGGGCUCUGCUGAAUAUUGCCGGAUGGGAUGUCAGUACUCUCGAGCAGCAAGUGAAGAACAUGCAAGCUGAUGGCGAACUGUACGUUCAGUGGUUGGAUGCCGAUCUUACGCGUCUUUCCAUUGACGCGUCUCGUCUUGUUCUUAACGAGAAGCAACCGCAUGGAGCAUCUAUACUAAUGAUCGUCAUCGAAAGAGCUGUUGCCUCGAAGAAGGAGCAUCUCAAAGUGCUUCUCAAUUCUACUGUUGCUCCAUCGGGACCAUUCUCCUGGCAGAUUCUCCACGAACUUCUGAAGCACGCGGACAGCCUUCAGACCAUUGUCACCAUUAUCUCGAAGCUCGUGGCCGAGUGGAAGGAAAACGGUAUCACCGCUCCGGAAUGCGUCGAUCUCCACAAAGCGCAGAAAAGCAGAUUCGAUUUGAAACGGCAUCUGUUCCAGCCGGCUUUUAACAGCCAAAUGCUUUCUCAUCCGGCGCAUGUGAUGAGCGCCGAGAAAAUGGCAUCGAUUCUCCGUGACGAGGCGAUGAACAACGAGGGGACCGUGGAGCGAUUUGAGCGAAUCGACUUUGAGACUGACGAUUUUGAAUUCGAAGACGCGGACGAUGAGAAGGUAUCUCUGCCUGAGAAGCUGAAGUGUGCCACGUGCGAAUGCAUCAAAAACUCGGAGCUUUUCGAGUUGGACGAUUGCUGGCAGUGCCGUGACUGCCUCUGCAAGCACAUCAUCAAUCAGAUCCGUGCAAAGUGCAUCCCACUCGACAUUCCAUUUGUGCUCGGAGAGGGACAGUCUGCCUACGACCUCCUUCCCGCCAUCAUCCCGCUGCCACUCCUCAACUUCUACACGAAGAUCGCUGCUACUGAAUCUCUUGCCAACGUGGAUGGAGGGGACAUCGGAGAGUGUCCCUCCUGCAAGCAACUCGUCCACAUCGACCGCACCGCCAUCGCGUUCAACACCUCCGCCUGCUUCUCUUGUGGAAUUCACUGGUGCCCGAACUGCGAACGCGAACCGCACUUCCCAAUGAACUGUGAAUCCUACGCCACAUGGAUUAAGAAAUGGGAGCGAGAGUACGAGUUGCACGUACUGGAGAAGACUGACUUCCUGAAACGUAUCAAGUGCGCCUGUGGAUUCCAGAUGGAAGUGCGCGAGAAGGCGGAACGAGCCGAGUGCGGAGGAUGCGGUCGAGUGUUUUGCCCGAAGACGCUGGCGAUGCUCGAGGCCGCCUACUGGUCCAGAGACGAAAAGACCGGCGCGGCGGUGAGAAGACUCGAGACUUCCGACGUUCUGCCAGCGCUUUCCGUCGAGUCAAUCACCGCGUCGAAGCAGAUCAAGAAGGAGUUCUCCAAAGUAUGCGGAGAGGCUCGAAAGCUGCGAUUCAGCGUCUCCGAGAAGGCCGAGUUUGAGAAAGCGGUUCGCAAACUGAAGAAUAGCCACGCUGGCGUGGAAAGACUACGGGAUAUCCGAAAGACGGUAACGAAUUACUCUCGUUUUUGUAUAAUUAUUUUCUAUGUUUCAGAUCCUGAGCAUUGUCGAGAACGGACUCGCAUUUGUAUAUAUUGAGAAGAAGCUCGAGGCGAUGUCUUUGAAGCCGCAGCUCACGCAGCUCAUGAAGCAAUGGAUGGACAUCGAGGCGGAGGUUCAGCAUCCAAGGUUGUUAUACUCUUUUCAGGAACGAAUUUAACGUGAUUAUUGCAGAUGCGACUUCCAAACUCGAUUCGAAGCCAUUGAGAAGAACUUGUCGAAAACUUUGGAGCAACUCAAGCUCGUCGCCUAA